AAAAUGCGUCGACCAUCCGAUGAGCAGUUCGAGAAAGAGCGGCCCCGAAUGUGAAAAUUAGGGGCCGCUAUCUGGCCCCCUGUGUGUGUGUUUCGCUGUAAAUUUACGCCUUUUUUUCACCUUUGAAAAAAGAAGAAACUUCGCUUUUGUACAGAUAUUUAUUGCCAAUAAUCUUCGUUUAUAAUUUGUGCUUUCAGUAAGUGUGUGAUUGAGAAAGAAUACUAGUGCUCUCAUUUUAGUUAAAUUAGUGCUUCUAAUAGAAUUUCACCUGUGCAAUCAGUCAUUGGAUUACUUCUUUGGAGAGAUUUACGCCUCGUCAUAUGUUGUGCUUAUAGAUUAGUGAUUUGUGCUGUAAAAAUUAUUUAUAUUUAUAAGCUCUUGUGAAAAGAAUUUUAAACUUUAUUUCUAUUUCUACAGAAUUACGUGCCUUGAAUUAACUUCUACAAUUAAUUCAAUUUUUCGGAAUAAAAGUUUGUUACGAUCAUAUGUGUGCUUUAGCCUCAAGAAAUGAACAACGGAAAUUAGAGCAGUGCAGUUCACGUCUAAGCCAAAUUAUUUUUUUUACCACCAUUCCAUUUACAAAGUCAACGGUUGAUAUGAGAUAGGCUAUUUUUAUUUAUUGAAUUUUAUUCAAAUUAAUUUCUGUUUCAAUUUUAAAUUGACAACUUUCUGUCAACAAUUUUAAAAUAAAUCUAGAUAUUUUCGCUAACAAAAUGAAUACUGUGGUGUGUCCAGGAUUUAUGCCACAUCAUGUCAAACCCAAUCGCUGUCGUAGAUGUUUCAAGGACAUCCACGAUCACUCAUCGAACACUGAAGUAACGACUAGUUUCACGAUUCCCUUGCCACGACGUCGAAGGGAAUCAGUGGCGGUCACAGAGACUCCAAAAAAUGAUGAUCCCAACAUCGACCAGUCUGCGAGCUUCACUAUAACAGAAACAACAUCGUUAGGUCGACGAACCAGACAGAGGUCAUCUUCUACUUCCAGUUGGUUCCAAGAGAAAAAAAUUAAUGAUGAACAGAAAGAGAAAAUAGAUUCCUUGUUUAGAAAUGCGGACGAUUCCAAAGCUAGUUAUAAAAGUACUGUAAUUACAUAUGAUGAUACAGAAGAUAAAGGAGUGGACGCUAUAGCAGUGAUAAAAUUGCCAGAAUCAAGAACAAGACGAAGAACCACUCAAGAUAAUCAAGAGUCAUCCUCCAGUAGGACUAGUUCUGAAAAUAAAUUAAAAAUUGAAAAUAAAGAGUCAGGAUUAUCAGCAAAACUAUCCGAAUUGCGAUCACGCACUUCAAGAGAAUCUGCGACAAAAACCGACGAUUCUAAGCCACCAGAACUUCCACCAAAAACUUCAGAAAAUAGGUUUGAUUUGCUUAGAAAGACUUCUGACAAGAAAGAAACAGAUAACAAAUAUUCUUCAAAAUUUGGCAGUGAUAAAACUUCUAGUAGUGAAUCUUUAAGUCGUUCAAGUAGUUUUAAAUCACGAUUUGAGUCCCAGACUUCUGAACCUGUUAAUAGAAGUAGUAGUUUUCGAUCACGGUUUGAUAAUACAACAGCAGAUGCCAAAGACAAUAAUUCUAAAAAAGAGGAACCCAAAGCACCAGAAAGGAAAUCUGAACCUUUUUGGAAAUCGCGAUUUGAAACUUUAUCGACAACUUCAAAAGAUUUGAGCAGCUCUAAAAAGGAUGAACCCAAAGCACCAGAAAAGAAACCAGAACCAAGUUGGAAAUCACGAUUUGAGACUUCAGCAACUACGAAAGACUUGAGCAGCUCUAAAAAAGAAGAACCUAAAAUGCCUGAAAAGAAACCUCUCGAAUCAAGCAUCAAAUCAAAGUUUGAGUCUCCAGCAGCAGAUACCAAAGGUAUAAAUUCUUCGUCAAAAGUAGAAGAAAAGGUACCUGAAAAGAAAUCUCUAGAAUCCAAAUACAAUGAAAAGAAACCUGUGGAAACUAAAUUUGGUGAAGUGAAACUGAGAGACACGAAAUUUAACGAAAUUCGCGCAAGGGCAUCAAAGUUUGAAACCGCCAGCUCUAAAUUUGAGAAACCCACGCUUUCCGAUACCAAAGCCAAAGAUGCAACAGCCUCCAAGACGUCAGAAACAAAGCCUGCUUCAGUCCCUGACUCCGAAACAAAGGACAACAAAUACGAACCAGGAAAAAUACCAGAUUCCAAACCAAAAGUUACCAAACCAUGGGAGGUUAAAUUAAAAGAUACAAAAACGGAAUCAAUUAAAGAUACCAAAUCUGCAGAAGCUCCAAAACCUGUUUUGUCAAGGUUUUCAAGUGUAAAAAGUACUGAACCUGUUACUCCUGCUAAGGUGACUCCUCAGAAAAAACCUUCUCCUUCAUCAUCGAGUAGUGAAGAAGAAGAAACAGAAAGUGAAGAAGAAUCUGAAGAUGAGCCGCCUCCAAAACCGGCCACUACACCGAAAGAACCAGACAAGAAACCUACGACACCUGCUAAUGCUGCAUCUUUCACGAAAACGAAGCCUACUCCAGAACCGGUGAAAGAAGUGACGCAAUCCCCGGCCACGAUCAAAUUGCAGAAAGAUCUCGAGAACAAAGUAAAAGAACUCCAGGAUAACUUAGAACAACUAAAAAAGCAACUGAAAACGAAAGAAGAUGCUUGUGUACGGCUGGAACGUGAGAAAAAUGAUCUCCAGAAGAAGCAGCAAGCCCUUUUGGACAAAGACAAGGAGGCUUUGGAGAAGACAGCCCAGGAAUUGUCCAAGAUGAGGACAAAACUGAUGGAGAUGCAGUCUUCACAGGAGGAAGUUAAAAGCGAGAACAAGAAGCUCAAGCAAGAAUUGGCGGACAGCAAGCAAGAAUUCAAGAAGAAAGAACAAAAGAAAGAACAAGAGUCCAAAGAACUUAAGGAUGAAUUGAAUAAGCUGAAACAAGAGUUGUCGAAAAAGCAAGAAGCUGCAGCGGACAAAACAUUGAAGGUCAACAUGGAAACGAUGAAAAUAAAAUUAGCCCAAUCUGAAGCUUUAUGCGAAGAAUUAAUGGAAGAAAAUGAAGAAAUUAAGAAAGAAGUGAGAGAUCUUGAGCAAGAACUUGAAGAGCUUCAUGAUAAUUUCCGAGAGGAUCAAGCAUCUGAGUUCCGCGGACUAAAGAAGGAACUGGAAACAGCCAACAAGAACUGUCGAGUUUUGCAAUUCAAGCUGAGAAAAGCAGAAAAGAAAUGCGAACUUCUGGAAUUGGACAGGCAUAGUUUAGAUGACAAGUUACGUGAGUAUCAGGCAGCUGUGCGUCAAGAUGUGGGCCGAAGUAAGUUCAAGGAGUUGGAAAAAGAGUUGAGCUUAGCUCGCAACCUCACCACCAGCUUGGGAAAAGAAGUCAAGGAGCUGAAAGAAGCCCUGACACGAGCAGAAGCGGAGAAUGAUGCGUUGCGUCAGGCAGGGGGCGGGACGAGGAGUGUUACGCCCACGUCUCAGAGUCGCCUAUCGCCAGUGGUGAAAGAAAGCCUAAUGGGAAAAGAUUACGAAGCCCUCAGCCAUGAAUUAGCCGAUACGAUGGAAAGGGAAAACGACCUGAGGGAGCAAUUAAAAUUCAGCGAGGAAGAAAGCAAACAAGCUAGAAGAAAAAUACUGGCCCUGGAACAGGAAAACGAGACUCUCAUGUUACAAAUCAAAAAAUUGACCAAUAUCGUGCGGAAAAAAACUGGAGAUGACGAGGAAGCUGAAAAAGAAGAAAUGUCCUCAGAAAAUCUGAAAAUACAGCUGGAGUUGAUGGAACAAGAGAUGAGUGUACUCCGGAGAAAAGUUGACGAAACAGAAAAAGAGAACGAGAAUCUGCAAUCUGAAGUGAAAUAUCUUCAAGAGAAAGUUCUUAAUCAACCACUUAUUGAGCUCCCAGAGCUUCCAAAGGACGCUGGAAGUCCAGGCAUGUACUGGGAAAACAAGGUUCGACUUCAAGAGUAUGAAAUCCGAGAAAUUCGUAAGAAACUAAUCGAAAAGGACAGGGAGAUAGAGAGGCUGAACACAGAAGUCGAGAUCUACAGAAAGAAAGCGUCCAAGAUGAUGGUGAGAAGUCGAUCACUGGAUAGUGAAAUACAAGUCGAUCUCAAAAGACAACUACAACUUGUAGAACAGGAAGCUAGUAUACUCAGACAGAAGGUGAACAACUUAGAAGCCGAAAACGAAAAAUUAACCAUCGAAAAUAAGCGCAUGACCUUGAGAUUGACUAAGAAGCCUCCUCCUAGCUCAGCGGACAUUUUGCAGAUGGAAAACAUGGAACUGAAGCAGAAACUCGAGGAACAACAACGAAAACUGGAAACAAUGAGAGAAGAACUAGAAAAGGCUGCAGCAGAAAACCCUGUUCUUAUUCAGGACUACAAACCGAGGAGAGAAAGCUUGACUUCUCUGUUGACAGAUAAUGAGAACGACUUGAUAGCCUCUCUGAAGAAGCGUCUGAAGACCAAAGACGAGGAAUACCAGUCAGUACAGGCUAAAGCUGUCCAACUGGAAGUCGAGAACAGUCGCCUCAGUCGAGAGUAUAAAAAGCUUAAGGAGGCUUUAAAUUCGAAGAAGAAACCCAUGAAAGCUAUAAGGGAUUCUGCAACAAGAUCCGAACUCAGAGAACUCGUCAGCGAACUUCAGGAUGAGAUCAGUGAACUUCAAGUAAACUUGAGGAGUAGAGAAGUAAUUCAGGAAGGGGUUGAAGAAGAACUAGAAAAAGUCAAGAAAGAACUAAAGGAAGCUCAGAAAGAAUUGAAGCACAAAGAAGAUCGAUUGCAGCUUGAAAUUGACAAAGCAAAACACGACAAGGAAGCUCUUCAUAAAGAAAUAGAUACACAAAAGAAUCGUGCAACCGUCGCAGAAACCCAACUGUCUCAAAUUUCCAGACAGAGUGGAGCUUCUGUGGAUCAAGUGCGCAAGAUUCAUGAGCUUGAAUUAGAAAAAGAAGAUGCAGAGAGAAAAGCUCGAGCUGCAGAAGAAGCUUUAGAAAAGAAAAUUCAGCGUCUCAGAGACACCCAAGAAAAAUUGAAUACAACAAAUGCUCUGAAGGAAGACAUGGCAAGGACCAAUAGACUGCUAGAAUCUCAGAAAGCAGACUUAGAGAAGGAGGUGGAAGAACAACGUAGUCUUCUCAUGAAAGCAGAUGCAAAGGCUGCUGAGCUAAGAAGCCAGGUUGAUAAAACGGAUAGAGAUUUAGUAUCUCUGAGGAAAGAGUGCAAUCAACUGCGAAAUGAUUUGGAAGAAGAGAGGAGUCGUUUGAAGCAGAGCACCGAUCAACGACAGACAGAAAUAAAUUCCAGCUGGAACAGAGAGAGGGAGGAACUCAGGAGACAAAUAAACGACCUCAAGAACCGAAUCGAACAACUCCAGCGCCAGAUCACAGAGAACGAGAAGAUAUUCAUUGAAAAAGAAUCUCGAUUGCGUGAAGAAUUCAAGCGGAAGAAGGAGAACGCUGUAAGGGAGGCUCGAGAAAAGGGAGAGGCGGCUUUGGAAUUGGCCCGCGAAGAUGAGAAAAUCGCCAAGAACAAAGCUCAGGAGCUCACGGAGAAACUGGACAAAUUGGAGAACAAUUUGCGAGAAGCCAACGAGAAGUCUCGCAAAGUGGCGUCCGAGCACCGUCGAGAGAAAGAGGAAUGGAAGAAGGAACGUGAUAACCUGGAGUCCGAGAUCCAUGCUGAGGUGAAGAAACGUGAGAAGGCUGAGAGGGAGUCGGAACAAAUACUCAAGCAAAAGGAAGAAGAGCUACUGCUCAGCAAAGAGAAAGUGGUCGCCAUGGAAAGGGAGCAGAGGAGGAUGCAGAUGCAGUUGGAGGAGGUGGAGAACCUCCAACAGAAGAUCAGAAUCAUGGAGCAGGAAGCUGAUAGAAUGAAGGACGAGUAUGAACACCUAACAUCUAGAUAUGACCAGUUGGAAGACGACUUUGUAAAAACAAAGGCAAAACUCGUCGAAGAAAAAGAAGAUGCUGAAGCUAACCUAAGCAGGAUAAGAAAAGAAUAUAAUGAGCUGAAUUUCGAAUUCAAAUCAGUGAAAGAAUCUUACAACAAUAAGCAAGAUAGCUGGAUUAAGGAGAAGCUGGAUUUACAAGAGAGAGUGAAAGAAUUAACAAGACGCCUGGAAAGAUUAAAAUCUGUAGAACAAGAGAAAAGAAGUCUUCAAGAUCUAAUCGAAGAAAAAGGAACACUUAUUGAAUCAUAUAAAAAAGAAGAGAAAUAUCUGAAAGAGGAGAGAGAAAGGCUUAUGAAGAAGGUCGAAGCACUUGAAGCCGUGGAUCGGUCUUCGGCAUGGCAGCACAUCUCGACAGGUGAUUCGAAGCUGGACAAUCAGAUGGAGGCUCUAAAGCGCGACUACGAAGGCCGGAUGACUCUCAUGUCCUCCGAGAUCACCAGUAUGCAGACACAAAUAGCCAGUCUGGCUGAAGAAAGAGAUCGUCUCAAAUCGCAACUGUCUUCGGUAGAGAGAAAUGCGGAAGAAAUGAGGACUGGUUCUUUAAAGAGGGAAAGGGCCAGACAUCGGGAAGAGGCUGAUGCAGCUCGGCGCAAAGUGCAGGAGCUCAGAUAUCAGCUGGAAGAUGUCCGUGAACAGCUGGACGACGCACAGUUAGAAAACAAGAAUCUAAAAUUACAGAUCGAGACAGAUAAGAAUGGAUUUGAAAUUCAAAUCUCGGAGCUGAAAUCUAAGAUAAAUCAGCUGGAAGAGCAGAAGAUUCUGGAAUCGACGAGAGGCCAGACGCGCAAUAUCGCCAAAACGCGUCUGGAACUCACAUGGGAGAAGGAGAGGACCGAAUUACAGAAUCUUCUGUCCGAGAGUCAGAAGAUGGUGACUGAUCUGAAAGAGCGUGUGGCGAAGACGGAAACCGAGAGACAGAAGGAGAAACAAGCCAUCAGGAAGCAGCUGCUGGACAUGAGAAGCGCCACAGAGAAAGACCACCAAGACAGCAGGAGAAAGAUGAGCGAGCUGCACAGCAGCCUACUGGAGAUACGAGAGAAUCAUGCCAAAUUAAGAGGAUUAUACGACCGAAUGAAGAAGGAACGAGAAAUUCUGUUGAAGGAACGCGAAGAAUGGAGACAGAGGUUGCAGACGGCCAUUCAGCUGCACUCCAAGAUCAGCGAUAUUGUGAAAGACGUUGAGAAAGUGAGUGCUGACGUGGCUACUAAUGCAAAUAAACCCAAUAUGCCACUGACCCAAGAAUUCAAAGAUACGAUGAAUAAGAUAAAGCAGAGUUUCAUGGAGCUUCAGAAAUCAGCAGAAAUUCUAAAGGAAGAUGAACGCCUUAAAAGGACCACAUCGUUCAGAAGGGCUGUCUCAGCUCAGGACGUCAGUCACUCUCAAGAUCCCAUGCAGAGAUGGAACAAUCCUCAACGAAUAACCAAUUAUCCCGUGGCUCCUCCCAGCAUGAUCAUACGUCCACCACCAAGACAGAAAGCCCUGCAAAGAAAGUCCAUGUCCCUGGACCAUGCUUUGUCAGGCACCACUCACGAACAGAGACUUAAGAUCUGGGAGUCGGAAGGAGAGAGUAUUACUUCCACUCCCGCAGGAAGUCUGUUGAGUCUGGGUGGAUAUGGAUAUGAAACGGAUUCAUCGUUGCCCGAUUCGGAAUACAGGUACGGCGGAAUCUCUCGAAACAACCGAAGACGGUACAUGGUACAAACGCCAAGUGGCAUGAGUGGUAUGACAACAGACAGUGAAGCUCCAUACUCAUCGAGGGAAGGCAGCGUCGAUCCAGGAGGUAGUUCAGAAAGUGUGCCCAUGGCAACGCAGCAGCAGAGAAAGACCUUCAAAGAGAAACUGAAAUCCCUACGGCGCACCAAAAGUGUGGACGUGGCUGCAGGACAAGAAAGUUCUGUGGACAAGAGUGCGAAGGAGAUGAGCCUCCGUUCCAAAAUUUCCAAAGUGCUCAAGGGUGGGACCCUGGGAAGGAGUUUGAGUCUGGAACCGAAAAAGCCGGCUCCCGCUCUUCCACCUAAGGGAGCAGUUCCAGAUGUCGUGCCCAGCAGACCGACAGCAGAGAAACCUCUGUCAGCGAGUCGCGGAGAACUGAACCAGAGAAGGCCACCAUCACAGCAAGAGAGGAGGCCGAAACCGCCUUCGAAACCUGGGUUCGAAACCCCGGUCUAAACUGUCCUAUUUUAUAUUCCUCACACACUUGUGUCUCAAGUGACCUCAUGUAAACAAUAAAAGAGCAUCCUUUUAUCUUCA